AAUCUCAACCCGUCGUCGUCAAAGUCGCAAAUUCCUUGCUCGGGGCCACCAACCAAACCAGCCAGUCAGCUGGAAAAUUCCGCAAUUUCGGGUUUAAAUUCGCACCGAAACGCACGAAAAGCAAGUUGAACUUCUUUUUCGGUGAAAUCCCCCUGCGAUUGUGAUAUUGUUUCGUGAAAAGCGUGUCCCCGAUAUCGCGGAAAACCCCAAAUCAGCCGUCGUGGACAAAGGCGCAGUCUGUGGAAAAAAGGGGGUCGCAAGUGAAAAGAAUGUAAAUUUGGACCGGAUCGCUUGCAGUGCAGAAUUGUUGUUCCGGAAAUUGGUCCCACCACACGGACGCGGUCUUUUGAGGCGCGGAGAACAUAUUUUAGAUAACAAACUUGUUCAAGUAGCAGCGCGAAAUGUCCGUAACGUUUGAGCAGAUUAUUCUGGACGCGAAGCGGAUCGCGAAUAGGCUCAAGGACCGCGAGGCGCUGGGCGAUUCGCUGCUGCUCGAGUCCGAAUCGGUCAACAAGCAGAUCGAAUCGAUGCGCCAGUUCCAGGAUGAUAUUGACAUUCUGAACAAGCUGGCCCGCGAACGCUCCAACAACCAACUCAUCACCAUCAUUCACCAGGAGAACCCGCAGAUUCGGGAGAUCCAGCAGGAGAACCGGCUGUUGAAGGCCGCCCUCGAGGACCAUCAGCACGCGCUGGAACAUAUCAUGUCCAAGUACCGGGAGCACACGCAGAGCAAGAUCCUCAACACGAAGGUCAACUUUGUGGAGGCGUUCAGCAAGCAUCAGCAGUUUACGGAGCGCAAGGACGAGGUGAUCCGCCAGCAGACGCAAAAGAUCCAGGAAAUGGCCGCCGUCAUGCAGCGAGCCUCGCAAAUGGACGAGGAAAAGUUCCACCAGGAGCAGGAGUUCCUGAGCAAGCUCAUCACCGAAAACAAGGGGCUCCGCGAGCUGCUGGAAAUCUCCCACAAGUACGGUUCCAACGGGCAGAAAAUCCUAGUCGACGACAAGUCAACCCAAACCGACGGCGAACCGAGCGAUCCGCCACCGGCCGUAACAACUCCAAAAACCGAACCCGAAACGGCCACGACCACGUCCGCCGAAACGCCCACGCACCACUUCAGCUCGACCUCCAACACGGGCACGAUCAAGGUCAGCCCGGCCUCGUCGAAAGCUGCUGCCGCCGCGGCCGCUGCUGCGGCGUCGGCCUCCGCGACGGCCACCAGCUCCAGUAGUCCCCUCUCGUGACGUGAUUCCGACGACAACGGCCAGGUGUCCUCGGUCUUCUUCUGCUGCCAAUCGGCUUUGCUGUAACUUUGCGGGAAACCCGCGCACGGAUCAACUCGAACGAAAAGGGGGACCGAUAUCAUUCACAGUAAUUUAAUCGCGCGAAAGUUUUAAACGUUUCAAAAUCAUCCAAUUCAACGACUCACCCACACUAACCCACACACGUGCACGAUUACGCCUUGGUAGAGAAUAGGUUUUGUGUUAGAAAAUUGAGACAAAAAAAAGAUAAGAAGCAUUAUAAGUUGAAACUUUUUAGCGAGCACCUCCAUGAACCCACCCACCCACAUCACAUCCCACCCCACAAACACAUUAAACAAAAAUCAAAACCCACAUUUUUGACGUGCACUCUCGAGCAUUUUUGCAUUCUAGUUUUUUGUAUUUGUUAAUUCGCUAUAGUUUUGGCUCCUCACAAACGGUACAGAUGAUGGCAAAUUGUGCGUGCGAAAAAAAAGCAAUGAAAUUCAAGCUGAGAGCGUGUUCCAGUGUUUGUGCCGAUUACCUUUUUUUUCAUCUUCUUUUUAAUUAGAUUUUAUUGUAACCCACUACCUGUCGUCAAAUAAUCAAAUAAAGAAAUAACGUUUAGGAAAAUAUGCAUACU